AUCAAACGUCUCGCUAGAAGGCAGCUAGUAGGAUGCGGUGAUGAAUGGCGAUGCAUCCGUCUGGUUUUUCAUUCAGUGAAAAUGCGACUUCGUACAGUGAGGUGAAAUGUGUUCGAGCGCUGUGACAAGAGUGUGUUGUUAUUUACAUCGCUGCUCCAGAUGUGUUGUUUGAGUGUCUCCAUCAUCGCAAGUUUUGAACAAAAUAGGCCUAAUCCGUGCUCGGGCUAUACUAGAUUUCAUAAUGGCUGCAAAUAGAAACCGAGCCACUCAACACAAAAAUAUAUCUUCUAUUUUGUCAAAAUUGCACGGCGCAUUUGCGGAUGCAAUGGCGCCUCCUAAGUUAGCGACGGACAAGAGAACUUUGGACAAAACAUGGAAACUUAUGGACAAAGUGGUGAAACUCUGUCAACAUCAGAAGAUGAACUUGAAGAAUUCUCCUCCCUUCAUUUUGGACAUUUUACCAGAUACGUACCAACGGCUUAGAUUAAUUUAUUCCAAAUACGAAGACAAAAUGAUUGUGCUUCACAGUAAUGAACAUUUUAAUGUGUUCAUUGUAAAUUUAAUGAGAAAAUGUAAGCAAGCCAUAAAGCUGUUUAAAGAAGGAAAAGAUAAAAUGUUUGACGAAAAUUCACACUACAGAAGGAAUUUAACCAAAUUGAGCCUUGUAUUCAGUCAUAUGUUGAGUGAGCUCAAAGCCAUCUUCCCUAAUGGUACAUUUGCUGGUGACCAAUUUAGAAUUACUAAGAGCGACGCAGCCGAUUUUUGGAAAAGCAACUUUGGGAACAGCACCCUGGUUCCGUGGAAGAUUUUUCGGCAGGCUUUAAAUGAAGUGCAUUCUAUCAGCUCUGGAUUAGAGGCAAUGGCUUUAAAGUCUACUAUUGACCUUACAUGUAAUGACUAUAUCUCAAACUUUGAAUUUGAUGUAUUUACAAGGCUAUUUCAGCCAUGGACUACUUUAUUAAGAAACUGGCAGAUACUUGCGGUUACUCAUCCGGGCUAUGUUGCAUUCCUAACAUACGAUGAAGUGAAAGCAAGACUUCAAAAAUAUAUCAAUAAACCUGGCAGCUACAUGUUCCGUUUGAGUUGCACUCGUCUUGGACAGUGGGCAAUUGGAUAUGUCACAGCUGAUGGAGACAUAUUACAAACAAUUCCACAAAAUAAGUCACUUUGUCAAGCACUUUUAGAUGGAUACAGGGAGGGAUUUUACCUGUAUCCUGAUGGCCGCAAUGUGAACCCUGACCUUUCAUGGGCUGUGCAACCCACCCCUGAAGACCACAUUGCUGUCACUCAAGAACAAUAUGAGCUUUAUUGUGAAAUGGGCUCUACAUUCCAGCUCUGUAAAAUUUGUGCAGAGAAUGACAAAGACAUUCGCAUUGAACCAUGUGGUCAUUUACUUUGCACACCAUGUCUGACAUCAUGGCAGGACUCUGAAGGUCAGGGCUGCCCAUUCUGUCGAGCAGAAAUUAAAGGCACAGAACAGAUUGUUGUGGACCCAUUUGAUCCAAAACACCAGCACAAGGCUAGCUCUUUUAAACAAGUAGUCGACUUAGAUGAUGAUGAUGGAGAUACAUCAGAAUAGCAAUUGGCCUCCGCUGCCGCCCUAGUUGAUGCCGCCUUGUCUUCAUCCCUUCCCCUUGAACCUCCACCACGGCCCCCACGAACUGAUGCUUCUCCAUGCCCACCCCGUCCUCCAAGGUACGGGCGACCACCGCGACCUCCAAGACCUCCUCGGCUACUUCUGCCUAAGUCUUAGAAAUAGAAGCAGUCUUUGGUGGCCCAUAUCCUCCUACUACAGAAGCAAUAAGGUUCUAGUUUCGUUGUAUAGAAUUUUUACAUUAUCUGUUUGAAGUUUAUUUCCAAGUUACCUCGUGCACUUGUGUAUCAGGCUGGGCCUGAUAUUUCUUGUUAUAGCCGUAACAAUGCUAGGCUGGACCUAGCCAUGCUUCUUCAUAAUAAUCUUUGCUGUUGAUCCCUUUCAUGUAGAGUAUGGUCUAUAUUUUUUAUUAUUGAAAUUAGACGUGGAAUAUACCACAUCACAAUUUUUAAGUGCACAAGGUUACCUUGGGUUAAACUAUUGAACUCCUAUUCAAUUUCCACUUCUAAAUUUCAUAACAUUGUAAAUUUUAUCAGAAAAAUGAUGGAAAUAAAUCAGUAAUUGCAUCAUUUUUUCUGAUAUCAGUACUGAUCAAUUCAACAUCACUGACUCAUACCUAGUGGUAAAAUGAGCGACAUAUAUGUAUAAUAUGGAACUGUUAAUUUCCUCACAGUGGACACUCGAAGACUUAUUUGUGUUGUUCUGUGACAUCACCUGUGUAAUAUUUUUUGUUUUCUAUGGCUUAUCAAGUUUUGUUCAGUUUCAUUGUUUGUAACAAACUUUGUACAUUCAUUAUGUACUAUUGUAUUAAUUUUGCUCUUAUGUUUCCUGUUUUAAUUUGUAUUCUAUUUUUGUUCAAUAUAGGUACUUUUCAUAUUUGUUUAGAUUCUCAAAGGGAAGUAUCACUGAGUCAGCAAAUGUUCCGGCAUUUGUGGUGUUGUUCAAUGGGGUGACAGCGGCAGCGGCCCAGAGUUCCUCUUCAGAUUCCUGGAGGUCAUCUGAUAGACAAACUAUUGUUGUUGAAAAUGUUUUGUGCUGAAAUGUGUGAUAGCAAGACUAAAAGACAUUAUACAUCAUGUGUAUUCCAAUGAAGAAUGAGCAAGAUGAAACUCCUCACUGUUGUGUAAAUGUACCAACUCAAUCAUGUAAACUAUUUGAAGUAUUGAGAGUUGUACCUGUUUUUCAUGCUUUUAUAUCUGACAGGUAGUAGAUUUGUCAGACAUGUAACUCUUAGGUAUGAGAACAAGUUAGGUUAAUUGCAAUAGGAAAGUAAUUGUAAUAACUGUGCUCUCUUUACAAUGUUGUUGGGUUCUAUGAGUAGUCAUUUUGUUUUUAGACUUCUAGAAAUAUUAUGAUGAUUGGAAUACUCUUUGGUGCAAUGGCCCAAAGUCACUCAUGUUAACAUUUUUUUUCUCUAUGCUUUGGCCCCCUUUCACGGGUUUCUGACUGUGUGAAAACUCACACAUGUUUUAAAAACACUCUAAUGCAUAAACUUGUUUUAUAAUAUAUAUUUACUUAUGAGUUUUAAUUUUGUUUGUUACGUUUCUUUUAGUUUUAUGAGAAUUUUUAUAAUGUGUUGGCUGUGGUAUCAUUCAUGUAACUAUGAAGAGGAAUUUAAACCUAAUCUUGCUUUUUAAAUUUCCCAUCACUCUUGCCAUUAAAUUGUAUAUUCUAACAGUGGAGGAGGGCCUUUUGUUAUUCUUAUUGCAGUUCCCAUGUGUGACUCUGGUUGUCUUUGAUUGAUUGCCACUGCUAGCCUAUCUUAUUGCCAGAUAGUACAAUGAACUUGUAGGAGGGAAGACCAUUUUAAAUAUUAUAGAAUGUGGUCUGACGUCUUUGAAUGUCUAGCAUGUUAUUUAUUAAAUCAAACUCCAAGCUGUUCUUAUAAAAUCAUAUUUUUUAUGCAAUUUCUGUAUGUGUAUUUUAAUUAAUCUGUUAAAUAUAUGUUUCUUACUCAUAAAUCAUAAAAGUGACCAAAGAGCAGUUGUCGCUGCAUUUGCAUGGGAAUAAGAUGACUGUUUGAUUUCUGUAUCCUCUAAAAGAAAUUAGUUUGUAAUUCCUUGAAGCUGUGGUGAAGGUAAAAUGAUAAACCAUCACAAAAAAUUUCAAUAGCAGUACUUUAAUUUGGUACUACUGAAGGUAGUUGAGGGAGGAUUUCUAAAUGGCUAAAUCAAUUUGGUCUUUGUGUCUAAUUUUUGAAACUGUUUGUUGGUACUGUCAGUCUAACUCUUUACUUUAAAUGUUGCUGCAUGCCUCUUGCAUUCUCCUUGGUUACUGCAUGGCUCCUAUUAUUUACCACAGAGUUACUGUUGAGGGAAAGCUUGCGCUAUCAUGGAAUAUUUACGGGAGUGCUGUUCCCUGAGUUAAUUCAUAGAAGCAUUCUUGAAGUCUGAUUCCUUAACCUGGUCUUUUCUGCUACUAAAAGAAACAGUCUUCUUUUAUUUAUAUUUUUAGUCAAAACAUAUGAAUUUUAAGCUUGAUAUUACAUAUACUGUAGGAUGCUCUUACAUUUGUAAAACAUGCCCUUCGAAAUUUAAUACACACAUUAGUAAGCUACGUUUUACUUAACCCGUUUUGACGAAAUGCUUAAACUUUUUGCCCUUCAUGCUUGCUUGGUUAUUUGUCAAUUAGGUAAUGCACUCUUUAAUCUCAUAGUACUGUGUAUGACCUCUAAUACGUCUUUUUGCUCUUGAAAAUUUGCUCUCAUUUUGUUCCAAUGAUGGAGAUAAAGAGGCGAACUGGAGUGUUAUGCAAGUAUACUUUGUGACUAGACUGACCUCCACCAUAGUCAUCUUUCAUGUUCCAGCACUAAUAAUUAAGUCAUCCUGAAGCACAAUCUAAUUCACUGUGUCAUUGUAUCUAGUAUCUUGAAGAUGUGUGUUAACCAUAUGUAAUUUGUUGUGAAUUUUUUUUUGUCUCUCAAAGGUUAAACACUGUUAUCAUUAUACAGUUUCUGGCAUUUAUUACGUGACAUAAUUUCAAUUUCAUCAUAUUAUUAAAUUAUAAUCAAAAUAAGUGUAGACUGGGAAGAAGCGUCGUAUAUUCAGAUAAUUUUAAUUGGAUUGUGUGACUUCAGGUCUUCCAUUGUUACUGAGACUGAUGUGCUUGUGAGCAAUAUUUGUGGUAUUGACCUUGCCUGCCAUGUAAAUCAAACCUAAAGUUGGCCUUAGAAAGUAGAAAUCGUCUGUCAUAUGUCUUUGCUUCUCUCAUUUUGGUAAAAAAUUUGGUUGAUUUAUUUUGACUAAACCUUAUUUUUAUUGAAUUUACACUAAUCCAGUUCUUGAAAUUUUUUAUUCAUAUCACUUUUGGCUGAAAAGUACCCUUUAAAAACCAAAACCUUUAAAAAAAAUAAAAAAAAAUCAGAUCAGUCAAGUAUUUUUCCACCAAAGCUCGACUGGAUCCUUAUAUUUAUCUUUGAAAAGAGACUAAAUCACACCUCACAUACUGCACAAAUUUAUUGUUCUAUUUGUUUCUGGCAAGAUGUGCUGUUGCUUCUGUUGUCCUUUUCUUUGUUUUGAAUAUUUGUGUUUACUUACCAAAUUUCAAUUUUUGCCUUUUAGAAAUUGUCUUAAGGUGCACUCAGCAAUGUAGGUUUGAAAUGUCUUGUUCUAAAAUAAAACUUAAACUACCGUCAAGACAUAAUUUGUGAUAUACUGGGCAAAUAUAGAAUACCAUAGUGUACAUACUACUUGAAAUCGCCUACCUCCCACCCUUAACUGAAUUAUUUAUCCCAUACAACUAUGUUUCUAAAUUGGUAGGUGUUUAAAACUAAUUAGUACUGUGUGCCUGAAGGUUUGGGAAUUACAUGGUUUGAGGUAUGUAUUUUCUUGUGUUCUCCUCAAGUUCAGAUAUGAAUGUUAAUUGUUUUCUGAGACAAACUGGAACCCUAAGGUUUAAAAAUAAAUAUCUGCCAGUGUGAAGCAGACUCACUUUUUUGUUCUAUCCCUGAACUUUGGAGAAUUAAAUGUCUUUUGUGAUGGAUCGGGACCAAGGUAAUGUAUUACCAACUAGCCUAUCAGUAGAAAAUUUUCUUUUCCCACUUAGCCUAAACAUUUUAUUUUGUUUCAAAACUCUGUGAGUGCUUUGUUUUAGUUUUUUUUUCAUAUUAAUCUGCCAGGGUAGUUGGAACCCUACCAAAUGUGUCUUUAUUUCUUUAACUGUAUCCAGUUUGCCUCCCCUUUGUAUUUUAUGAAAACAUACUUUCUUUUGUGCUAUAUGAACAAGAUAUUUUAAUAACACUGCUGACUGCACCUUUCCGUUGUUGGUAAUGUGACAUUGGCAAAGUCACCAGUGCCAAAUUGCUGUGUAUAUAUUCAAGUUAGAUUAGAAAUAGUAUUAUAUCUCUUCCUCUUAGUUCAUAAGAACCGCUCAUGCGAAUGUUGAAAUCAUUUUAAUAUGUCAACAGUAAGUAGGCAUUAAAAUUUGUAGAUAAAAUCUAUUUAUUUUUUGUGAUUCAUUAGUAGAUGCCUUUUCUAAUAUUACUUCCAGUUAUGAGAGACAUGCACCCGCCACACAAGAAUGUGCAGUUCUACACUGUACAAUGUUGGACUUGCAGAACUUGCACAAUGUAUGACGGAUAAAAUGUCUGCUGUACUAAUGUUUGUUAAUAGUGCUGGCUUUGUCAUACAUAUGAUGUGAUUUUAUUGAUAAUAGGUCAAAUGUAUUUCUUUUUUUCAAUGAUCACUUGUUCUUCAAUUUGUAAGUAAAGUGUUAAGUCUCUCAUAUUUACAGAACAGCUUCUCUUGUGUUCAUUAGGAUCCCUCGCAUGAUUUGCAUAACAUGUUAUGAUUAGAGUUAGGUAAAUGGCUAAACCAGAUAUUAGCAGGCUAAACAUAAGAUCAGCAACCAGGUUACUUCGUUAAUCCUUGGCAAAGCCCUUUUCACCACGGGCUAAUCCUAUGUUUAGUGGGACACCUAGCUCUAACCACUAACCAUGGCACAGAUGUAACUAUCAAAAUCCCCAUUUUGCACACAGUAUGAAAUAUUUUUUAACCAUUUCCAUUUGUAAUGAAAUGUCUUGAGUUCACAAAAAUAUGAUUCUCUUUCAACUCCCAAAACUUGUGGAGUUGUUGUGCCCGAUUAAAGUGAUGUGUUGUUCACUAAUUUUCUUGUUUUUCAUCAAAUUCUUUUCUUGUUUGAUACCCUUCAUCUGUUGCACCUUGCAAAUUUAUUCUCACAUUACAAAAGUGAUAUAUUUUUGUGUUCUGUAUGCAGCAAUAAGCUUGAACUAAUACUUGUCAAAUCAGUUUUCAGUAUUACUUGCUGCAUGAUACUUCUAGAUUUUCUUUUCAACUUGAGAAUGUGCAUCAAAGCUGUUGGAUCCUUGACCGAACAUCUUUAGUAUGACUUCACUUUGAAGAGGAUACCAAAACAAACAUUACUGUACAAUACCUUGUUUUCUGAGGGUUUCUAGAUGGUAGUCACAAUCAGCUACCUUUUACAGAACAUUAAAGAGGGACUAAUGAUUGCUGAUUUUUAGUUCUGCAUGUAUGUCAUUUUAUUUAUGCAUGCUCUUUCCUAGAUUUUUUUUUUUUUUUUUUGGAGGUUUAACAAGUCCUCUAUUUGAAAAUUAAUGUUAAAGAAAAAGGAAUACAUAUCUUUCAUGUGAGUUUCUUCUCUUAGAUUUCAUUGGAUUGCUCUGGCAAUUUCUGAGCCUGUGAGCCUACCUGUGCCUAUAAUUGGGGGACACAUACACACACUCCAUUAUUCUAUCUCCUCUUAUGUUUUCUUUGGAUUGUUUUGAAAUGUGUUCUUUUGAAUUAGGCGUUUCAGUGCUGGAUGUGUAUUAUGGACCAAAAUUUUACUUUCUCAUUACUCCAGUUAUACUUCGUAACAGAUUAUGGAAUGCAGGUUAGUUAUAUUUUCACUUUAAAUUACCUUGGUGUGUGUGUGUAAGAGAAUUUAUAUUGCCUGGCUUUUUGCUCUUUAUACGUAUUUUAUGUUACCCCAUUUUCUCCCAAGACAACUGUUUUUAAAUUGUCUGCCAAGGCAUAUGUAACAAGGAUGCAAAUAAUAAUCAUAGAAAAGUGCA